AUGUACUAUUACAUACGUCAAUCCUCCACACUCGUGUACCGCCAGCUCAGGCUGUCCUACUUGUAUGGUCUCGGCGUAGAAGAUAUCACAACUCUGCGCAGGCCAAAGGACCAGCACUGGCUGGAUGUCAGACCCAAACAGGUGCCGACAGAACAAGCUCAUGUGCAAAAAUUCGACUCCAGACCCAUAGGGAAACGGACCAUUGUAACGGGAGUGCAGGGCAGACAAGAGUCUAGCACCACCCUCGAUGAAAGACGAAAGAGAAGAGAAAAGAAAAUCGAGAGGAUUGGAGUCGCAGUCCAAGUCGGUCUGUUUGGCAUAACCACGUAA